CUUAUGGACCUAUGUAUGUCCAUGGACUUAUGGACGCCCUGUCACAGGGCGCUCUUUCCGUGGGGGCUGUAGGGUCGUUAUCGGCUUCGGAACGGGAUUCUCCUCUCGGUGGUGGCAGCGUCGUUGUUCGGUGUUCUGCCUUUGCCUCUAUCGGCCCGAUACCGGCGGGUGGACAAGGGAACAGGGUUAAGGAAGGGGGUGGUACGGAGAUAGACGCGUGGUGGGCGUAAGCCAAGCGGGCUUGGCGAUUGUAACGGGGGGGGGCACUCGUGUCACCACGUUACAGUAUACAUUUUUAAAGUGGAGGAAGGGGACUCUCGGUCGAGACCUCGAUGAGAGAGGACGUCUGUGUGUUCCGUUUAAAGUGUACAUCCUGAGUUAAUUGUGUUGUUUCCGUGUGGCUCGUAUCUGCUCUGCAGAUCUGUUUGCUUUCAUCCAGCACUCUUCUUUUUGUGGUCUACUAGAACUUCCUCUGCGCUAAUCGGACGCUUUCCUCCGCCGCCCCACGGGGCCGGAGGCUCCUCCUAACAUCGUGGACGUGGAUGUUGAUAACCAGGGUGGCUGGUCCUUGGUCAGUUCUAAAAAGAAAUCUUUGAAUAAAAGGAAUGGCAGUCAUUCAGGAGAAGCUACUAAGAGGUGCGCGUCUCCAAACAUCGAAGAUAAUAGUACCUUGAAGCGGAAACCGGCCACCAUGACGGACAUUACAGCGCCACGUCGUGCUCCUCUGAGGUACCCUGCGGAGUAUAAGGAGCCACUAUAAUUCUAACCCUCAAAAAUGAUCGAUGUAAAAAAAGCAAGUCACAAAAUAUGAUGUCCAUCGCUAAAGUUGUGAAUUCUCUAAAAUCGGGUGCUCAGUCCAUGCAGCCGUGUGGUUUCAACAGGGCUGAACAAUAGUUAAGAAGCAAACCUAUUCCUGGACUCUCCUGCUCUUCAUGACGCUGGCAUUUUGGCUUUUGUCCCCAGACAGAAGAUUGAAAAAAAGGGCCUUCUCAGAGGCAUUUGUCUCGAUGUUAGUAUGGAGGAACUUAUGGAGCUCUUUCUUUCUCCAUGCAAAAUUACCUUUGCAAAACGAUUAAACAGAAAGAUACGUGACUCCAAGGAGAUAUCCUGGGUUCUGUCUGAAACCGUCCUCCUAAUCUUUGAAGGAUCUGUAGUUCCCGAGAAGAUUCAGGUGUUCGAACUACUCAACAAAAAUAUUGAGCCUUACAUCGAACGGGUGAGAACCUGUGUCAAUUGUAGAGGCUAUGGACACACCGCUUCUAGAUGCAGAGGACCAACCAUUUGUUUCCAAUGUGGUGAACACAAAAAAGAUGAACAGCACUCCUGUAACGCACCUGCUGGUUGUCUUCAUUGCAAGGGUGAUCACUCUACCUUACACCCGGAUUGCCAAACCAUGAUCUUCAACCAAGAGGUUAAUCGAACCCUUGCCUUCUAUGAUGUUUCUAUAUAUGAAGCACUUACGCAAACCAAAGAGAAACUUGGUCUUGUAAAGCAAAGACCUCCAAGACAGUCAUUCGCUAACUCAUCCAAUCCCUCAUCAUUUCCUUCUCUUCCUCCAUCUACAUCUAAAAAAGAAUACACUUUGAGAACCAUCGGUGGCAUUCAGAAGGAACGCCCUGCCAGUCAAUGGAAUAACAAUAUCCUAAAAACGUAUUCAAAAAAUAAUGCCAUUGUCGGCAGCUCUUCUUCAAUCAUUUCGCUACCAUUGGAAUCUCCUCAGAAGGAAUCAUCUUCUGCUAAACUCGCAUCGCAUUCCUCCAAACCUUCAACAUCCUCUCGUACAAACCGGGAAACAACCCAACAAAACAGCAGCUUAAAAUCCAAUUCUAUUCCCACCAGAAAAUUUCUCCUCAAGAACAUCUCUUCCUCUUCAAUCUUCAAAAACAAGUAA